CUAAGGCAGAUAUUGGUGGGUGGUUACGUCUUUGCAUUUCUGGUUUCAUUAGUUGGUAAUUCAGUGAUCAUUCAUAUUGUACGAAAAGACAAUUCUAUGAAGACCACAACCAAUUAUUUGAUUGUAAACCAAGCAUGUGCAGAUAUCCUGGUAGCAACGAUGGAGUUACUGAAUGAUACUACAUAUUUCUUUGAGAACAAGUGGUUUGAAGGAAUAAUUGGAAUUAUUACUUGCAAGUUGUUAAGGGCCAGCCUCUUUAUUCUACCUGCGUUUUCUGGCUGGAUCCUUAUUGCCAUUGCUGUUGACCGGUUUUUUGCCGUUACUCGACCUUUUCAAGUUUCUCCUUUAUCUCGACAUUUCAAGAAAACAGUUCUGUUACUAUGGGUUUGGUCAGCUAUUUCUGCGGCGGCAAAUUUCCUUGCCCUAACAGGCUUAAGAAAUGACAGGACGUAUGUUUAUUGCAAAACAGUUGAUGAAGUGUACUAUGAAUGGAUAGAAUUCUCCCUCACUAGUCUUGUCCUGAACGUUGUUGUCCCUCUCGUUGCAAUCAUUAUUUUAUACACAAUUAUUUGCCUUAAACUAUGGGCACGCAGAGUUCCAGGAGAAGGAGCCAAUCAGAAUGAGAGGCAAGUAGAGGCCAUUAAAACAGCAAAAAAAGUUACCCGGAUGAUGAUUGCUGUUGUGGUACUGUAUGAGCUGUGCUGGCUUCCCUUCUUUAUCAUAAUGUCACUGAGCCUAAUUAGAGGAGAGUCUCCUUUGAAAAGUGACCCUCAUACAGGGAAUAUUCAUUCAAAUUUCUUUAUCCUUUGGUUAACAGUUGCUUACAGUGCAAUUAAUCCAUUUGUGUAUCUCACUUUCAAUCAGAAGUUUCGCAGUGGGUUUAAACAUUUAUAUAAAGAUUGCUUAACCAAACCUCGAGGUAUUCUUCCCUUUCGAUCUCAAAAUGUAGAGUUGGAACAAAUAUGA